AUGAAGAUAUUUUAUCGGCUUUUCGUCAUUGGACAUGGUUUGUUCAUCGGAAUUCCCCCAGUUUGGCUGACGAAGUAUGUCGGGAAUUCGAUAAGAAAAGUGUCAACUGAACAGUUACAGACUAUUGGACAUGGAAGCAAACCUCUCAUAUGCAUCUUGUUUAAAAAACGGAAUAUCCAUCUUCUCCUUGAACGCGUCUUCCUGAAUUUUCCCGGAUAUUUAUAUACCGUUACUAAGUUGCAAGCAAAUGCUAUGGAGCAACUCCACAAAUUCCCUAAUACAGGGGAUCUCAUAAUAAACGCAAAAAAUAAUAUCCAUGUUAAAACUUCAAUAUAG